GCAGACAGGUGGAGCGGAGCCGAGUGGUGCGACGCGCUCCGAGCUGCGCUCCCGGCCCCAGCAUGGGCAACCGCGCGGGCCGCACCGACUUCGAGUGGGUCUACACCGACCAGCCGCACACGCAGCGCCGCAAAGAGAUGCUCGCCAAGUACCCGGCCAUCAAGGCCCUGAUGCGGCCGGACCCCCGCCUCAAGUGGACGGUGCUGGGGCUGGUGCUGGUGCAGCUGCUGGCCUGCCGCCUGGUGCGGGGCCUGGCGUGGCGCUGGCUGCUCUUCUGGGCCUACGCCUUCGGCGGCUGCGUGAACCACUCGCUGACGCUGGCCAUCCACGACCUGUCGCACAACGCGGCCUUCGGCCCGGGCCGCGCGGCGCACAACCGCUGGCUGGCCGUCUUCGCCAACCUGCCCGUGGGCGUGCCCUACGCCGCGUCCUUCAAGAAGUACCACGUGGACCACCACCGCUACCUGGGCGGCGACGGGCUGGACGUGGACGUGCCCACGCGCCUGGAGGGCUGGCUCUUCUGCACGCCGGCCCGCAAGCUGCUGUGGCUGGCGCUGCAGCCCUUCUUCUACUCGCUGCGGCCGCUCUGCGUGCACCCCAAGGCCGUGACCCGCAUGGAGGUGCUCAACGCCCUGGUGCAGCUGGCCGCCGACGCCGCCCUCUUCGCCCUGUGGGGACUCAAGCCCGUGGUCUACCUGCUGGCCAGCUCCCUGCUGGGGCUCGGCCUGCACCCCAUCUCCGGCCACUUCGUGGCCGAGCACUACAUGUUCCUCAAGGGCCACGAGACCUACUCCUACUACGGGCCGCUCAACUGCAUCACCUUCAACGUGGGCUACCACGUGGAGCACCACGACUUCCCCAGCAUCCCGGGCUGCAACCUGCCCCUGGUGCGGAAGAUUGCCCCCGAGUACUACGACCACCUGCCGCAGCACCACUCGUGGGCAAAGGUGCUCUGGGAUUUUGUGUUCGAGGACUCCCUGGGGCCCUACGCCCGGGUGAAGCGGGUGUGCAAGCUGGCUGAGGACCGUCUGUGAGACCUGCUGGCGGCCGCCGCCCCGCACCCUCGCUGCCCUGCUGAGGACCUGACUCUCACUGCCCCCCC